GUAAAAUUGAUUCUUAUGAUAGUGGUACUCUAUUAAUUGGUGUGAAUGGAGGAAGCAAUGUUUUAUAUUAUUAUUCUGAAAUACAUAUCAUCUUUACUAAUAGCACAAAUUCUACCAAUAAUCUCCUUGAUACAAAAUAUCCAAUUUAUAUUAAUCAAUUUAAUGUUUUGGAGCGUUAUUUUUUGUUUCUCGUGAAUGAACACAGAGGUGAGAUUGGACAGCUGGCUAAUUAUAGCUGGAUAGUUAUUGACUGGUCAAGAAAUAUUUUAUCCAA